AUGAGCCAGGCACCACUGUUAUCGAAACCGUUGCCAGGCGAGGUGCUACUCCUAUACCUUUCGGUAUCCAACACUGCCGUUAGCUCAGUAUUGAUAAGGAAGCCAGAGAAGGCGGAGCUACCGAUCUUUUAUGUCAGCAAGGCGCUCCAGAGCGCAGAGCUUCGGUACCCACCCUUGGAGCAACUAGCACUGGCCCUGGUCGUCUCGGCACGAAGACUUCGCCCCUACUUCCAGGCCCACGAAAUUACUGUUCUGACGAACCAGCCUCUUCGGCAGCUUGACAAAGCCAAAGGAAUCUGGCCGGAAAAACUUCCGGAAGCGCUAUGGGCCAUCCGGACAUCCUACCGAACCGCAACUGGGGAAACACCAUUCUCUAUGGCUUUCGGUUCGGAGGCAGUAGUCCCAGUAGAAAUUGGAGAGCCCUCCUACCGAACGGAAACCUUCGCACCGAAGGCAAAUGAGGAAGCACUCGCUUUGAGCCUCGAUCUGCUCGAAGAACGCCGAGCACGAGCCAACCUUCGGAACGAAGCUUACAAGCAACGCGUCUCUCGGUACUAUGUCUCCAGGGUCAGAUCCCGCUCUUUCCGAAUCGGAGAUUGGGUCAUGAGGAAAGUCUCUUUGGCAACCAAGAAUCCCACGGAAGGAACCCUCGGACCUUCCUGGGAGGGACCUUACGAAAUCAUCGGUAUCCAGCGAUCGGGGACUUACCGACUCAGAGACUCCAACGGAAAGACCCUCGGUCAUCCCUGGAACGUAGAGCAUUUGAAGUACUAUUUCAAAUGA